UUGAAGUGGCUCAUUUGAGUUGUGAGCACAGUGUGGAAAUGAUUCUCCUACUCAAGACGCUUCUUUAUGGCCUGCUGCUCCUCGCCCCCGCGCCAGUCUCAGCCCGGCUAAAUGCCCGAAAGUCGGCCAACGAGGCGAGUCUCUACAGCGACACAGACAAUGUGAUCAUGGUCGACAUCGGAUCGCUGCGGCCGGCUCUCAACAUGAACAACGGCAAGCUGGUGCAGUUCCUCAACAGUUUCUGCGGCGACUGUCAUCGAUUUGCGCCGGUCUUCAAGACCCUUGCCCGCGAUCUGUACAAGUGGCGCAGGAUUCUCCGCAUCUACGGCGUGGAUUGCGCCCAGGAGAGAAAUGCCGAGCUCUGUAGGGAGUUUAAUAUCCGGCAGACGCCCUCACUGCGGUUCUUCAGUCCGGACACACAGAGGAACCAUCAAGUUCUUGGCGCUGUCAUCCCAGGGCAGGAUCCCAAGUUGAUUAAGUCAUCUCUGGCCGAAAUGCUUUCCCAAGAUGACUACGGUGCCGGUCAGCCCAACUUUCGCCCUCUAAAACCCGAUGAAGAUACAAAAUCUCUGUUGCUUGAAUUCAAAGAUCUGGACAGUCCGGUGAAGUUCAUUGCUCUCGUCCUCCAACCAAAGGACUCCAAGAUUGGCAGAGACACUCUGCUGGAACUGCUGCCCUUCAAGGAAGUUGCAGUGAGGAUAGUUGAAGAUGCAAAGCAUUUCGCCAACUUUGGACUGCAGGCAUCCAACCAGAAGUUGGCCAUUAUAGAUGCAAGUGGUAGUGCCCAGUAUCUGGCGCCUUCUGCGGAUACAAGUGAAGCCUACGCUGCCACUGUGGGGGAUUUCCUUAAGAACCUAAAUUACAAGCCAGAUCCACCUCUUCCCAUGGCGGUACCUUCAAAUAUGACCGACUUUCUGGACCAACAACAUCUGGCCAUUCUCAGCGAGGUUCUCAAGCCGCCACCCAAGGUCUAUCGUGCCGAUUUGGAACAGGCAAUCGACAAACUCCUGCACAUCGAACUUCGCAAAUGGGUCUCUUUGGAGGGCAACAACCUGAAUGCUCUAAAAAAUAUUGUUACCAUAUUGAGCUAUCUUAAUCCUUUAAACAAGGAUGGAAAGUUAUUGAUGGAUGAUUUGCGCAGUACCCUGAUGCCUUUGCAGAGCAUAAAAGGAGCUGAGUUUGGGGAUUUGGUUGAUUCCCUGGAAAAGAAUCGGAGGGUCUUCAAGGGAAGGCGCUACGUUGGCUGCAUUUCAUCACGACCUCUGUUGCGGAGCUUCACCUGCUCCAUGUGGACACUGUUUCACUAUUUGACAGUGGAGUCUGCAAAGCCACCGAACUACUUUGCGCCGGGUUCCGUGCUGAUAACCAUUCAUGGUUUCGCCAAGUACUUCUUCGGCUGCACGGAUUGCUCCCAGCACUUUCAGCAGAUGGCCAUUCGCCGGAAUCUGUGGGCGGUGAAGACCCACGACGAGGAGAUCCUCUGGCUCUGGGCAGCCCACAACGAGGUCAACCAACGUAUUGCUGGCGACUCCACCGAGGAUCCCAAGUUCCCGAAGAUUCAGUUUCCCAGCCCCGAGAACUGUCCCACCUGCCGGAACAACAACUCAGAGUGGCGAAACGAUGAAGUCCUAAAGUAUUUGAAAAACCUCUAUGAUAAGAAAAACCUGAGCUUCUACGGACUUCCCACCCCACAAGGUUACUCUUGAAGAUGCUUUUUAAAAAGGAAGCAUAAAACUAUUAUGUUAUAAAUUCUUAAAAGAAUUAUGCAGAAACAUUAAACAAAAUAAAAUCAAAAUAUAAAAUGG